AUGGCGGGACACCUGGCUGCCGACUUUGCCUUCUCGCCCCCACCAGGUGGUGGAGGUGAAGGGCCUGGAGGGUCGGGGCCAGAGCCAGGCUGGACUGACCCUCGGACCUGGCUGAGUUUCCAAGGCACUCCCGGUGGGCCAGGAAUUGGGCCAGGGGUCGGACCGGGUGGUGAGAUGUGGGGCAUUCCCCCGUGCCCCUCGCAGUACGAGUUCUGUGGAGGCAUGUCGUACUGUGGACCUCAGGUUGGUGUGGGACUGCUGCCCCAAGGCGGCCCAGAGACCCCUCAACCUGAGGGUGAGGCGGGGGCUGGGAUUGAGAGCAGCUCUGAGGGGACCUCCCCGCCCCGCGCUGCCCCACCUGGUGCCGUGAAGCUAAACACGGAGAAGAUGGAGGAGAACCAUGAGGAGUCCGAGGACAUCAAAACAAGACAGAAAGACCUCGAACAAUUUGCCAAGCUGUUAAAACAAAAGAGGAUCACCCUGGGGUAUACCCAGGCCGAUGUGGGGCUCACCCUGGGGGUUCUCUUUGGGAAGGUAUUCAGCCAGACAACAAUCUGCAGAUUUGAGGCUCUUCAGCUCAGCUUCAAAAAUAUGUGUAAGCUGAGGCCCCUGUUACAGAAGUGGGUGGAGGAGGCGGACAACAACGAAAACCUCCAGGAGAUAUGCAAAACGGAGACCCUCCUGCAGCAGGCACGAAAGAGAAAGCGGACAAGCAUUGAGAAUCGAGUGAGAGGCAGUCUGGAAAACCUGUUUCUGCAGUGCCCCAAACCUUCACUGCAGCAGAUCAGCCACAUUGCCCAGCAGCUUGGACUUGAGAAGGAUGUGGUCCGAGUGUGGUUCUGUAACCGGCGUCAGAAAGGCAAACGAUCCAGCGGUGACUACGCCCACCGAGAGGAUUUUGAGGCUGCUGGGUCUCCUUUCCCAGGGGCACAAAUGUCGUUUCCUCUGGCACCAGGGCCCCAUUUUGGUACCCCAGGUUAUGGAGGUCCUCACUUUACUACUCUGUACUCCUCAGUCCCUUUCUCUGAGGGGGAAUCCUUCCCCUCUGUCCAGGUGCCCUCUCUGGGAUCUCCCAUGCAUUCAAACUGA